GCAGCCGCCAUCCACUCGGCACCGGCCCGGGAGAGCCCUGUUCGGUGGGCCGAGUUCCAUGCCGGUCGCGGUGACCUGAGCUGGUGCCGGCUGACCUCGGCUGCCCGAGGGCCGUCGCCGAAGCGCCCAGAGCGGGUGACUCAAAGUCGAGAGGGAGAACGAGCAGAUCUGGUUGCAAGAUCCAGGAGGUCGGCUGGGAGCGCAUCUCCCCCGCAUUCCCGCGCUUCCAGUUCAGGGUUCGGGGGAGCGGUGCGCGCCAAUUCCCUCCAAAAUCAAGGGGGCGGGACCGUGCAGACGGUCUGGCCUCCCUCACGCCUGCCCUGGCCCAGUCGCGUGUGUCUAGGUGGGGACGAAGUGACGCCGCGGCAGCGUGAGAGGAGGGAGGUGCACGUCCUCUGGUAUCAAGAGGGUCCCGCGUGGGCGCGGGCUUGGCGGAGAGAUCUUUUCCCUCACGAUUCUCUCCUCCCGCAGCCAUCGGGUCCUGCCACUCUCUUGCAGGGAACUCAAAACUGGCUGUGGGGAUGGCCACCAGGGUCCGGACAGCUGCCAUCUGGGUGCCACCUCUCCAGGAGCGAGACAGUUCAUGCAAUGUGAGCAGAAAGCUCCAAAGUGAGAAAUCCAUCCUGGGUCAAGGGACCCCUGACCAGAAGCCUCUCCCUGGAGGACCCCGGCAGAGGCCCAGGAGACCUGGGACAGCACAGGUCCUGGAGUGGCUGCUUAUUUCCCAGGAGCAGCCGGAAGCCAAGAAAUCCUGGGGACCAUUGUCAUUCAUGGAUGUGUUUGUGGACUUUACCUGGGAAGAGUGGCAGUUGCUGGACUCAGCUCAGAAGCACCUUUACAGGAGUGUGAUGUUGGAGAACUAUAGAAACCUGGUGUCCCUGGGAUAUCAAUACACCAAACCCAGUAUCAUUUUCCAGUUGGAACAAGAAGAGCUGUGGAUGAUGCACAGCCCAAGUCAGGGCCAUUCAGACAAAGUCUGGGAAAUUGAUGGUUGUGUGGAGUGGCAUCAGGAAAAUCAAGGCAAGCUGGGAAGUAUGGCAGAAGGCUAUCCCUGUACUGCAUUUGGAAAACUGUGUCUUAUUACUGCAAAUAAUGCUUCUUCAAGACAGAGACUUCACAAAUGUGUCACAAAUGGGAAGAGUUUGAAAUGUAAUAUAGGUUUCAGUAAUAAUUACGCUGGAAAGAAUCCUAAUGACUUUCAUGCCUUGAGGGAAUCAUCCUUCCUUUCCAAACAUGAACAAGCUGUUAUUGGCAUAAAAUAUUGUGAAAAUGAUAAAUCUGGAAAAACUGCCAGCAGAAAGCCACUGCUUAUUUGCCAACAAAUGCAUAUGGGAGGGAAAUUGUUUGAAUGCAAUUCCUGUGGGAAGGCCUUCAGCAGCAAGUCGAACCUUCUGGUGCAUCAGGAAACUCAUGAAGAAGCAAAACCCUACAAGUGUGAUGGAUGUGGGAAAGACUUCAGCAACAAGUCCUACCUCAUUGCACAUCAGAGAACUCACACAGGAGAGAAACUACAUGAAUGUAGUGAUUGUCAGAAAACUUUUAGUUUCAAUUCACAACUUGUUAUACAUGAGAGAAUUCACACACAGGAGAAUCCCUAUGAAUGCUGUGAAUGCGGGAAAGUCUUCACUAGGAGGGAACAGCUUGUUUCCCACCAGAGAACUCAUUCAGGACUGAAACCCUAUGGAUGUCAUGAAUGUGGGAAAGCUUUUGGUUUGAAAUCACAACUCAUUAUACAUCAAAGAAUUCAUACUGGAGAGAAACCCUAUGAAUGCAGUGAUUGUCAGAAAGCCUUUAAUACAAAGUCUAACCUCAUGGUUCAUCAGAGAACUCACACAGGAGAGAAACCUUAUAGUUGUAGUGAAUGUGGGAAAGCUUUUACUUUCAAGUCACAGCUCAUUGUACAUCAGGGAGCACACAGUGGCAUCAAACCCUAUGGAUGUAAUCAAUGUGGAAAAGCUUUCAGUUUGAAGUCGCAACUCAUUGUACAUCAGAGAAGUCACACAGGAGUGAAACCCUAUGGAUGCAAUCAAUGUGGGAAAGCUUUUAGGAGCAAGUCGUACCUCAUUAUACAUCAGAGAACUCACACAGGAGAGAAACUCCAUGAAUGCUGUGAAUGUGGGAGAGCCUUCAGUUUUAAUUCACAACUUGUUAUACAUCAGAGAAUUCACACAGGGGAGAAUCCCUAUGAAUGCAGUGAGUGUGGGAAAGCCUUCAGUCGGAAAUACCAGCUCAUUUCACACCAGAGAACUCAUGCAGGGGAAAAGCCCUAUGAAUGCAGUGAUUGUGGGAAAACUUUUGGUUUGAAAUCACAGCUCAUGAUACAUCAGCGAACUCAUACAGGAGAGAAGCCCUACGAAUGCAGUGAAUGUCAGAAAGCCUUUAAUACAAAGUCAAACCUUAUUGUACAUCGGAGAACCCACACAGGAGAAAAACCAUAUGGUUGUAGUGAAUGUGGGAAAUCCUUUACUUUUAAAUCACAGCUCAUUGUACAUCAGGGAGCACACACUGGGGUAAAACCCUAUGGUUGUAAUCAGUGUGGGAAAGCCUUCAGUUUGAAGUCACAGCUCAUUGUACAUCAGAGAAGUCACACAGGAUUGAAACCCUAUGGGUGCAUUGAAUGUGGGAAAGCUUUUAGGAGUAAGUCCUACCUCAUCAUACAUACAAGGACUCACACAGGGGAGAAACCACAUGAAUGCAGUGAAUGCGGGAAAUCCUUCAGUUUUAACUCACAACUUAUUGUACAUCAGAGAAUUCAUACAGGAGAGAGUCCCUAUGAAUGCAGUGAUUGUGGGAAAGCCUUUAAUAGGAAAGACCAGCUCAUCUCACAUCAGCGAACUCAUGCAGGGGAAAAACCUUAUGGGUGUAGUGAGUGUGGGAAAGCCUUUAGUAGCAAGUCAUAUCUCAUUAUACAUAUGAGAACUCAUUCAGGAGAGAAACCAUAUGAAUGUCACAAAUGUGGGAAAGCCUUCAUUUGGAAGUCACUACUCAUUGUACAUGAGCGAACUCAUGCAGGGGAAAACCCUUAUAAAUGCAGUCAGUGUGAGAAAUCCUUCAGUGGGAAAUUACGGCUCCUUGUACAUCAGAGAAUGCACACGAGAGAGAAGCCCUAUGAAUGCAAUGAGUGUAAAAAAGCCUUCAUUAGGAAGUCUCAGCUCAUUGUACAUCAGAGGACUCAUUCAGGGGAGAAACCCUAUGAAUGCAGUGAGUGCGGAAAAACUUUCUCUCAGAAAUCAAUUCUCAGUGCACAUCAGAGGACUCAUACUGGAAGAAACCCUGUAAAUGCGCUGAAUGUGGGAAAGCCUUUUGUUGGAAGUCACAACUCAUUAUGCAUCAGAGAACUCAUGCAGAUGAGAAACAUAUUGGUGAGUUAAAUAUAAGAAACUUUCUCUCAAAAGUGAAUUCACAGGAAUUCCUAGAAAAUUCAUACAGGAGAGAAACUUUAUAAAUGGAAUCAUCUCAUUGUACACCAUGUAUGUAUGGCAUGUGGAAAGGAAUCCACAGAAAGCUGUUUUUUAUACACACACACACAAAUCAGUAAAUGUACACAGGAACUGUAUGAAUUCAGUGAACCCUCUGAAAGUUCUUAGCAGGAAGUCGCACCAUGUCUUUAAGUUUGUGCAGUUGAGGAACAAUAUGAAUGAAGUGAAUAUCAGAAACUCAUUUCUUAACAUGCUAACAUCUGCAAAGAGUCAAUUCCAUAUAUGUUGGCGAAACCAUGGUAUAAAGUUAGGAAAAUUCUUCACCUAGAAAUGACAGGCUUCUAAUAAAAAAGUAAAAAUUUGAAUGAGUGAAGAUCUAUGAAUAUUUUUUAAGCCUCUACAGGAAGAUUUACUAUUUUGAUUCAUCUGGAGAAAAAUUUUCCUUUAUAAAUUUAGGGGAAAUUAUGCUUGUAAACUCUUAGGAAAAGCUUAUAAAAACUAUCCAACUAUCAAUGAUAAACAUUUUAUAGAAUAUAAAGAUUUUCUUACCUGAGUAAAUGUAAUAAUCAUGAUAAUAAUAAGGAUCACAUCAGAAGCCCUGCAGCAAUGUUUAGGUGUUUUCUUCCUUUCUGUACUAUAAAAUAUGUUUUAUGGACUUUGGCAUAUUCUUAUGGAUGCCACAUUUGAUAAAUUAACUAGAUAACAAUACUGUUUCCCAGGGAUUUAUACUCUGCAUGGCAACAUCUUUAAAAUACAACUUGUUACUAGAAUAAUAUGGCAUAUAAAUGCAUUUCAGUACCUUAAAACCUUUACUAUUGUUUUGUACCCUCUGUAAAUGGACCUGAAAGCUCUCUUUAGUUAUAUAAUCAGUAUAGCCCACGUUUCAUGUGUUUGCAUAUCUGGAAUCUGUCCUUCCCUUUUUGAUUAGAAUACCUUGAUUUUCUUUAAGAGAAUUGACAGUGUAUGUAAUGCAUGCAUGAUCAGAUCAUCAUUCAGGGUACCCUGCCAGGAGUUGGCUGAGAUAGUCCAAAAUUUAAAUUUUUAAUGGACUCCUUAGUACAGAAAAUCAAACGUAGCUUUUGUUCUCAGGUAACAUCUUGCUGCAAAUAUUAAUUAGUUCCUUCUAUAUAGCUUACCCAGAAUAGCUUUAGUUGUUGUCACUUCUUAAUUCUAGUUCACUUCUCUCUUAACUUGAGCUAUCUGGUAUCCUCUCAGUACGUUUAAAUAAUACCUUUAAGUGAUGCUGCUGAAGCCUGCAAGUAUAGCUGUAGAUUCAGGGCAGUGAAAAGUCAUUCUACCAGUGGCUUACUUACAAAAUCAGUUUUUUUCAUAACCUCACCAAUUACCUUUUAUCUAUUAGCAUUAAUCUGGAAAGAGCUACAACCCUGAAAAUAAGUUUAGGGCUAUCUUGGAGGAAUAUGAGGAUUUAAAAGUGCAGAUACUUCUAAAGCACCCACUACUUUGUGCCCUUCAGUGGGGAAUCCCAUUGCUUACCCAAAGAAACUGUUUCUUCCAUGAAGGAUAUAGUUACUGAUUUCUCAAUCCCUAAUACUUAUGCAGGGUUCAGAGUCAAGAAACUUGGAGUGAAGAAUGAUGACUCACAGAAGGGCAGAGAAAGCUUGCAUAAGGAAAGAAUUUCAGAUAUUUGCUAUAGUCUAUCCCCUAAACUUGGAAAAUGUCAUGAAUAUGUAUUUUGUCAUUGAUGUUCCAAGGAAGAUACAUACACAUAAUAAAGAAUAAACAUACUCUGUGUCCCACUCUCCAAGGUUUAUUAGAUUUUAAAGGUGCUGUGUUGUGUGAUGCACAUUCACAUUCAGCCUCCUCCAGUAGAAGCCAGAGAUGUCAGUGUAAUGUUGGAGAUGUAAAUCAAGUACUGUGUGAAAGGAUAUUGCUGGAUUGGGUUUGAUCUUAAAUGGAAAGUUUUCCAGGUGAAUGAAACUGAGCAAAAAUGAAUAGAUUUUUGUAAGCAAAAAAGAGUUAACAAUUGAAUCUCUGGCUUGAAAAUCUACCUAAUUCCUCUAACUCUACCCUAGCCCCAGAAAAGAAAGAUGUUCCUGAGACUUUCAGUAAUAGUUAAUAUUUUUCAGGAACAUUAAGGGAACGAUAAUUCUGAUGUUUUACAGUGUUUCACAGGAAUUAGAUAUUUGAGGGGAAAACGACAAAGUCAUUUGUGAACAUGUAAUAGAUUUUAAAAUCCUAAAUGGAAUUAUAGCAAAAACUCGAUCCAAUAAUGGAUAGUUUUUAUUUCAUUAAGUCAUGACAUUAUUUAGUGUAGCAGAAUGUUAGUAGUGAACCCAAUAUUUUAUUACCAACAGGAUCACUGUAUUUUUCAUAAUGUUAAUGUGCCCAGCUACAUUUUUACAUCCUCUUUGUAGUUAAGUACAAUCGUGCUAAUUCUGAAUAAUGAAAUGGAAAUAGGAGUUACUGAGGAAUAAUAUGAAGGUUUUUCUGAAGAAAAACAUGUGAGGGAAGCCCCCUAGUGUCCUUUAAUCUUUUCUUUUUAAUAUGCAGUAUGCCAGAUGUUGGGAGACUCAGCAGCCAUCCUAGAAACUGAAUUCCUCUUGAGGAUGGAAGCCAUCUGCUUGAGUGUAGUAGAGAGAGAACAGUGAUGUGGCUCUCUGGUAAUGAUG